CCUGAUUCCUCCACACGACCGGCUGCCUAUAUAUACUGAGUCCUGACAGCACACACAGCAUUCAGCAGCUGAUAGACUGAACAGAAGGUGCACCAGGUGCUGCGUCAGACAUGAAGGUCCUCGUGGUUCUCGUCCUCGCUGUUUUCACUGCUGGCUGCAAUGCCAACGUCACAUGGCACGACCAGCCCAAACAGAAGGCUGAAAUGGUGAAAGAUGCUUUCUGGGACUACGUUGCAAAGGUAACCGCGACCGCUGAGGAGUCCCUGAAGAAGAUCAGAGAGUCCGAAAUGGGACAGGAAAUGAACACCUUCAUUACAACAAGCACUGAUGCCAUCAACACGGUCACCAACACCCUGCGCACUCAGGUGGCUCCUCUGGCCCAGGACUUCAUGUCUAAGUUCUCCCAGGAGGCAGAAAAGCUGAAGACCCAAAUGGAGACGGAUCUGGAAGCCGUGAGGGCCCGACUGCAGCCCUACACCGAGGAGCUGCUGGCCAAGGUGGAGGAGCUGAAGAAAGACACGGCCUCCUACGCUGAGGACCCAGAGGCCCUGAAGGCUGCCCUGCAGCAGAAGAGCCAGGAGCUGAAGAUGCAGUUGGAGCAGAAAAUGAACCGUCUGCAGGCUCAGAUGGUGCCCUACACAGAGGAGAUAAAGGAGAAGAUGCAGGAGAGCCUGGAGGAGUUUAAGAGGAGCUUUGAGGCCCAGAUGACCCAGAUAAGCCAGAAAAUCAACGGUCUGAUCCACGGGCGUGCUUAAAACUGACCCUGUAAAUGGACUAGAAUAAAAACUAGGUGUCAGAUAUUUUCUUCUGCCUUGUCAUCAGUGAUUGCUGCUAAAUCAAGGUGGAUUUUAAUGUCUACAUAGAAAACACAAUACCUCAUGUUACAGAUUUUACAUCUGUGAAAGAGCCUCUCGGGGCUCUUGGCUUACAUGUUACAUUUUACCUCUAAAAGUGUUAUCUGACAAACAACAAUAAACACAUUCAAGGAA